AUGGCGCCUCUCCAAGAGUAUCUAACAAAUAAGCUCUGCCGGCGCUGCUGGGCCUCACAUUCGCAAUCCCGGCUUCCCCAAUUAAGCAAGCGUAGAACAUUACUGGGAGCCUGCAUCCCUCCAAGCCACAAGCGACAUAGUGGAGACGCCAUGCGCUGGGACCGCCGUCGUCAUUCAAGAAGAUCUGUGUGUGACAGUGCUUGGGGCUGCACGUAUCAGCAGCGGAGCAGCGGCGCAGCGGCCCUCGAAGUUCCAUCGAGAGUCCGCAAUGCGGUAGUUUCGCCCGCUGAGGGAUCUGCUAAGAGUUUGCAGCUCGCAGCUGACGAACUAGACGCACAGUCCAACGGAAAUUGCACGCCCGCGAGUGCAACCCGACAAGAAGGCAGAUGUCGAGGGUACAUAAUGUACAUUCGCAUCGUCGCAGGGUUUCCAAUUUGGAAACACGGGAGGACGGCAAGUGGAGACGGGGGUCCCAACUUCACCCGCCCGCUGAUCGCAGCCGCGGUGCUCUCGGAUCCUUCUCCUCGUGCACGACACUCACCCACAGCAGACGGCAGGAACACUGGCACCUGGGUCAAGUGCCACGCAGCGGAGGCGAAUCCGCAAGUAGCACAAAGAGCGAGUCUGGAGCAUCCCGCUGUCGACGAUGAAAGUGUGAAACGGAGGCGCUCAGACGGCGCCCUCGCCCACGGUUCACGCCUCAUUAUUGCUCCCGUCAGCGCUGGCUUGGGCUCUGCCGACAUGUGA